AUGAUGUUCAUUAUAGAUUGGAUCAAGAGAGCCCUCAUCUCCUUUGGAUGGCUCAACAAGGAGGGCAAGAUCGUGUUCCUCGGCCUUGACAACGCCGGUAAAACUACGCUGCUGCGCAUGCUCAAGGAUAACCGCCUGGCGUGCCACACUCCCACUGUGCACCCGCACAGUGAGCAGCUGACUCUCGGCAAGGUCAACGUCACGGCCUUCGAUCUCGGAGGUCACGAAACUGCACGCAGGGUCUGGAAGCAGUAUUGUGGCAACGUCGACGCCGUAUGCUUCCUCAUCGACGCCUCUGACCGCACGCGGUUCCAGGAGUCGGCCGAGGAGCUGCGCGCACUGAUAAACCAGGAAGAGCUUUACCACAAACCUUUCGUCAUCCUCGGUAACAAGAUCGACAAGCCCUCUGCCGCUUCGGAGGAGGAGCUCAGGUCACACUUGGGACUCCUCGCCGGUGAGACCUACGGCAAGGACUGCGGCCCCGGCCGCUGCGUCCGCCCGAUAGAGGUCUUCAUGUGCAGCAUCCUGCGCAAGCAGGGCUACGGUGAGGCCUUCAAGUGGCUCGCACCGUUCCUGCAGGAUGCCAAGUAA